GAUGACGAAUACCCUAUUAAUACAUUUAAUAAUUCUUUUACAUCGGUAUCUCAUAAAUUAUUGGUAGUAAUACCCUCCCAUAUUACCGAAAUUAAAGCAAGGAAAUUAAUGAGGGAAUUCAUGUUUGGUAUUAAAGAUAAUUUGAUACCAUGCACAGAACAAAAUGGAGACAUCUAUUAUAAAUUUUUAGUGAAAUCUUAUCGGAAUGUUGAUUAUGGAAUGUACGUAUUAAAAGAUUUUAAAGCGGAAGUUAUGGAAUUUGAUGAUAUUGUAGAGUUUCCAAAGCUGCCGAAUGGCGUUGAUUGGCAGAAAGUUGUUCUUACUUGGAUUUCUUAUGACUACGUGGCGAUUAUUGAUGAACAUUCUGUGAUAGACCUUAAAAAACUACGACAAAUUCUAGAUUCAUCUAUAAUUAAUAAUUACUCUAUGACGCCUAAACAGAAAUCUAAUCUAGUUUGGGGUCGCUUUGAUAACCAAAUGUCAGAUGAUAUGCUUAUAGUCCUUGGUCGAGAAUCCAUAGAUACUUUACUUAAUUUUGACUAUUUCACAAUGCCAAAUAGAAAUGAAACUUUAAUAGAAAUAUUUACUAAUCAAAUAUCAUUAGCUUACUACUAUUUCGAAAUUGAAAAUCUUACAAAUGAAAGUAAAUUAUUUUUCAUCAAUGAUCAAAUUGGAAUGAUAGAAUGGUCAAACUCUGUUAAAACUAUUCCAGUAGAAAAAACCAUAGGGAUCGGUCGCGUAUAUCUAGAAAGUGACGUAAGAAAUUUAGUAGUGUAUUUAUCAAUCACCAAAUCUACAGUAUGUCAUCCUAUUGUACGUGAAAAUGCAGAUGAUGUGACUGAUAACAAGCGUAGAUAUGCCAAAAAACAUGGAUACUCAUUUGUGGCGCGCUCUGAAGAAUACAACGUCCAACAAUUAUAUAAGAACCGAGAAUCUAUAUGGGGAAAGAUCGAUUCUAUUGAAAAGGUUUUACCUCAUUAUGAUUGG